CCCUUUUCGGCCGAGUGAGAGAGAGAGAGCUCCCCACCGAGUGAGUGAGAGACUGCUAGAGACUGAGACAGAGAGUUUCUUUCUUCCUUUCAAUCUUUCUGCUGCUCUUCCAUCCUCUCAUUCCUCUGUCUGUCUGUCUCUAAUCUCCCUCUCCCCCUCGAUCCGGUGUGCCCCACAUUAUAUUUCCAUUACAAUCAUCCCAUCUUGUUGUCACAAUGGUGGGCGCGGCAGCGGUGGCGGUCUCAAGCGGCGUGGGAGUUAACUUGGGGGUUGCGAAGGGCAUCAAGACGUCGAGGAUUGCAGAAUGCGAGGGAUUGCACUUGCAGGUGUCCCUUCGCAAGGAUUCGAGUGUAGCUGCUGCCAGGAUGGUGGUGAGUAGCAGUGGGAGGCGAGGUGUGGGGGUGGUGAGAGCAGAUGCAUUGCCUUCGUCGCAGGAAGUGGCUGACAAUGUGGCUGGGGCUACCGCUGUGUCGCUGGAAGAGGUAGCCACGGAUUCUGCCAAGCCGAAUUCGUCGAGCAACGGACCCAUGUCGCCGAAGAAGGGCAGGAAUGAGAAUAUCAAGGAAGAGGCGCGGCGGCAGUGCGCGGGCAGCUCGCCGACCACAUUCUCGGCCAAGUAUGUGCCGUUCACGCCUGGGAUGGAGUCCGACGAGUCGUAUUCCCUGGACGAGGUGAUUUACAGGAGCAAGACGGGGGCCUUGCUUGAUGUGCAGCAUGACAUGGAGGCUCUGAAGAAAGCGGGAGAUGGCGCCUACUGGAGGAAAUUGUUUGAUUCGCGAGUGGGGAAGACCACUUGGCCGUAUGGGUCUGGUGUGUGGAGCAAGAAGGAGUGGGUGUUGCCCGAGAUUGAUGACGACGACAUCGUUAGUGUGUUUGAGGGCAACUCCAACUUGUUCUGGGCAGAGCGCUUUGGCAAAGAGGAAUUGGAGAUGACUGAUUUGUGGGUUAAGCACUGCGGUAUUAGCCACACCGGCUCGUUCAAGGACCUUGGAAUGACCGUGUUAGUUUCCCAAGUGAACAGGCUGAGGAGAUUGGGCAAGCCUCUACUGGGUGUGGGUUGUGCUUCUACUGGAGACACCUCUGCAGCUCUUUCAGCUUACUGCGCUGCUGCAGGAAUUCCAGCCAUUGUCUUUCUUCCGGCAAAUAAGAUUUCUAUUGCCCAAUUAGUCCAGCCCAUUGCAAAUGGAGCUUUGGUGCUGAGCAUGGAUACAGAUUUCGAUGGGUGCAUGCGGCUUAUCAGGGAGGUGACCUCAGAGCUUCCCAUUUACCUCGCUAAUUCUCUUAACAGUCUUCGUCUGGAGGGCCAAAAAACUGCAGCCAUUGAAAUUCUACAGCAAUUUGAUUGGGAAGUGCCAGACUGGGUCAUCGUUCCUGGAGGUAACCUUGGGAAUAUUUACGCCUUCUACAAGGGCUUUUACAUGUGCAAGGAGUUGGGCUUGGUGGACAGAAUGCCCCGACUGGUCUGUGCUCAGGCGCAUAAUGCUAACCCACUUUACAGGGCUUACAAGGACGGCUGGGAAAAUUUUAAAGCUGUCAAAGCACUCCCGACAUUUGCAUCAGCUAUUCAGAUCGGUGACCCUGUUUCUAUUGACAGAGCCAUCUAUGCUCUAAACCAGUGUGAUGGCAUUGUGGAGGAAGCAACGGAGCAAGAGAUUAUGGAUGUCUGUGCCCAGGCAGACAAGUCUGGAAUGUUUACGUGUCCACACACAGGAGUCGCUUUAGUCGCUCUUCAGAAACUGAGGGCUAGUGGUGUUAUUGGUCCCCAUGAUAGGACCGUAGUCGUUAGCACUGCUCAUGGGCUUAAGUUUACUCAAUCUAAAGUAGAGUAUCACUCUAGUGAAUUGCCAGAUAUAACUAGCCAGUUUGCCAACCCUCCUAUCUCGGUGGCAGAUGACUUUGGUUCUAUCAUGGACGUCCUACGCCAAAAGCUCUCCUUGAAGGGUUAAUACGAAGGAUAUUGGGGGUGCAAAAGUGUAGGUUAGCACUGGGUGUCUGUAAAUGAAGAUUGUUUGGCAAUUCGGAGAGGCAAAUACACUCGUCUGCACUGUCGAGAGGAACCUCUUCGUGGAAAAAGAAGUUGAGUUUUCCUGUUCACUGGAAUUUAUCCAGUUUUGACACAGUUCAGUGCGGUAAUCUGGACCUGUUGAACACCGGUUUUGUAAUGGAUUGAUAGAAUUGAGGCUUCCAUACAGGUCGCUCAUUUGCAACGGCAA